AUGAAUGACGAAGACUAUAGCACUGUCUAUGAUGUAAUCCAAAAAGACGAGAUGUAUGAGGUUCCAGACCAGCCAGAAGAAAAUGAAAGUCCCCAUUAUGAUGCCAUCCAUGAAGACUUAAGGCCAGAAAACAAUUUGUAUGACACCACGCUGGAAACCCAGGAGUAUGAUUUUGUGUCUGUCUAUACCAUGGGCCGUGAAGAGAGCAGCUUGGUCUCUUCCCCGUCAGAAACAGGAAGCUACCUCCUGCCAGAUGAGGUGUACACUGAGGCCCAGGAUGCUCAACCAGAUGAGCCCGAGGAGAAUAAGAACAUCUCAAUGGAAGAAUUGUGUUCACCAUGCCAGGAUAAAGAGCUCUGCCCAGAGGAGCCUGAGGAGAGCGGAAGCAUGAUGAGGGAAAACUUGCCUUCUCCUUCAGGCUUCACCAUCCAGCACAGCAAGGCUUUUUCCAUGAGCAGUGAUCCCCCCACCUGCUAUUCUGAUGCUAACGACUUGGGAGAAGAAAAAGCAGUUUCCAUGAGCCCUGAGGUUAGCCUCUUUGUGAAGGCUGGAAUUGAUGGCGAAAGCAUUGGCAACUGUCCUUUCUCUCAGCGUCUCUUUAUGAUCCUUUGGCUGAAGGGAGUCGUGUUCAAUGUCACCACGGUGGAUCUAAAAAGAAAGCCUGCCGACCUGCACAACCUCGCCCCUGGCACACAUCCGCCCUUCCUGACCUUCAAUGGAGACGUGAAGACCGACGUCAACAAGAUCGAGGAGUUCUUGGAGGAGAACUUGACCCCUGAAAAGUACCCCAAGCUGGCUGCGAAACACCGGGAAUCCAACACAGCGGGCAUCGACAUCUUCUCCAAGUUUUCCGCCUACAUCAAAAACACCAAGCAGCAGAACAAUGCCGCCCUUGAGAGAGGCCUGACUAAGGCUCUGAAGAAACUGGAUGACUACCUAAACACCCCUCUGCCAGAGGAGAUCGACGCCAACACUCGCGGGGAUGAUGACAAGGGGUCCCGGCGCAAGUUCCUGGAUGGGGACGAGCUGACCCUGGCUGACUGCAAUCUGUUGCCCAAGCUCCAUGUGGUCAAGAUUGUGGCCAAGAAAUACCGCAACUACGACAUCCCGGCUGAGAUGACAGGCCUGUGGCGGUACCUCAAGAACGCCUACGCCCGGGAUGAGUUCACCAACACGUGUGCAGCUGACAGUGAAAUCGAGCUGGCCUAUGCUGAUGUCGCCAAGCGCCUCAGCCGAUCCUGAGCGCAGCCAUCCCACCCCAUCCUACUGCAGAAGGACUGGACAGCUCCCCUGGGACUCAGGCUUCACAGACUCCUCUUCCUCAUUGCCUCGGGAAGCACUUUUAAAAACAGGCCUCAUUUUGCUGGCAUCCCUGGAAC